AUGACGCCCAGCUCCUCUCCAAACGAGACACCAACCCCGGCUCGCUUCAAGAACGUGUCAGAGCAGGAUCUUGUUCGGAACGCCUUCAGAGUGCUGCGUGAUGCGAACGUUCAGAUGAGCGAGCAGACGAGAAAGGAUCUGACUGCCGUGCUCUCGAGACAUGCAACCAUCGCCGAAGGCGUGAAGAAGGGGCGCGACGUUGCCAGAGCCUCAAUAACUGCGAAGACCGCAAAGGUCACAGAGCUAACGUAUCGCGUGAGCACACUUGAAGCCGAGCUGGAGGCCGAAAAAGCAAAGUCAGCCCAAGAUCUGGUAACGACGACACUGUUCAUAACCAACUUGCACUGCCCAUCAUGUAUAGAGGUCAUCCAGGACUCCCUGAAAGGGUUUACACCAGCGCCCGAAUUCAUUUCUUACUCGAUUGUUUCUCAUUCCGUUGUCUUGCGCCACACGACAUCCCUUACUGCACGGGACAUCGCUGCCACUCUAGAAGCCGCCGGGUUCGAGCUACACAGCAUCUUUCAGGACAACAAGACUGUGUUUGCCCCUGUUGAGGUCUACCGUUUCGACGAUCGCAGCAAAGAGUGGGAGUCCAGUUUGGAGCACGCAGUGGCGAGGUGGUUCCAGAAAGGAGCCCCAAACGAUUCAGGAGAAACCAUGCACAAGCGGGAGAAACAUGCGGAGCAGUGCGAGCAGUGCAAAGCCGAGGCAGGUGGCGUGCAGCUGAGCACCAACGAUGAGGAGUUCUCAUGGCCCAGCAAACCGCAAACCGUCGUAACAUCGCAGGAGCUUGGCUUCGCUGCGAACAGAUCCGACGGGACGACGUCUCGAAGUCUCGAAAGCAUAGUCGUCGGCACCUCCUCAGUCCCUUCGACCUGCAGAGCGACAGUAGCGAUAUCCGGUAUGACGUGCAGCUCUUGCAUGAGCAGCAUCACACAUUCUGUGGAAGAGCUCCCAUUCGUGCAGUCGGUCAAUGUCAAUCUCCUCACCAACAGCGGGACUAUUAUUUUUGAAGGAAAAGAAAUGCUGAAGGAGAUUGUGGAGACUAUUGAAGAUGCGGGGUUUGAUGCCAAUGUGGAGAAUGUCGAAGUCCUCGAUACCUGGAAAGCCACAUAUGCUAUCGGCGGUAUGACUUGUAGCGCCUGCGUUGGCAAUGUGUCGCGAGCUUUGGAGAUGCAUAGCUGGGUACAGAAGGUCGAUGUCAAUCUGGUCACACAUAGCGCCACCGUUGUGUUUUCCGGAAAAGACCAUCUGGCACAAGUUACGGAGACGAUUGAGGAUGCAGGCUACGAUGCUACGCUUGAUAAGGCCGAGCCUCAAAACACAUCGAAACCGGAGUCCAGCGACAGAACCGUGGGCAUUCGCAUCGAGGGCAUGUUCUGCCACCACUGUCCACUCGACAUAAUGAGAACGCUCAGUGAGGAAUACGGAGUGCAGCAUGGGAUGGAGUUUGAGAAGCAGACCUUCUCAGAGCACUCUCCAAUACUUAACAUCAAGUACAAACCUACCCCUCCUGCCUUUACCAUACGAGACAUCUUUAGGUCAAUCGAGAGCCUAAACCCGAACUUCAAACCUAGUGUAUAUCACCCACCGACGAUCGAAGACCGUGCGCGGGAAAUGCAUGCUCGGGAACGGAGACGAGUGCUAUUCCGACUGCUACUCUCUGUGAUCAUCGCGAUACCAACGUUCAUCCUCGGGAUUGUGUUUAUGAGCCUGGUGAAAGAAACCAAUCCGAUCCGUCGCUACGUCAUGCAGCCGAUGUGGGCUGGUAACACUACCCGGCUGAGCUGGGCUCUCUUCAUCUUGGCCACACCCGUGUACUUCCUCGCCGCCGACACGUUCCAUCGCCGAGCAAUCAAAGAGGUGAAAGCCAUGUGGCGACCAGGAAGCCGCACACCAUUCUUCCGUCGGUUUGUUCGAUUCGGAAGCAUGAACAUGCUUAUGUCACUAGGCACGAGCAUCGCAUAUUUCGCGUCGGUGGUUGAGUUGGCCCUAGCUGCGACGAGAAAGACCUCAGGGUCGAUGAAUGACUCAUACUUCGACGCCGUUGUCUUUCUAACUAUGUUUAUCCUGAUCGGGCGAUUCCUUGAAGCUUACAGUAAGGCGAAGACGGGCGACGCUGUCACAUCAUUGGGCAGGCUUAGACCCGAAGAGGCUAUACUAGUAGACUUCGAGAAAGGAGAUAAGAAAAUUGCGACAGACCUUCUAGAGGUCGGUGAUAUAGUUCGUGUUCAUCAUGGAACCUCGCCACCUUUUGACGGUACGAUCCUUGACGGCACCACCACGUUCGACGAAUCUAGCCUUACGGGCGAGUCGCGACCUGUCAAAAAAGAAUUAGGCGAUACAGUCUACUCUGGUACCGUCAAUAAGGGUUCUCCGGUGAGAAUCAAGGUCACCACAAUCGCAGGCACGUCCAUGCUCGAUCAGAUAAUCAACGCCGUUCGUGAAGGUCAGACCCACCGAGCGCCUGUAGAGCGAGUUGCGGAUACCAUAACAAGCCACUUCGUCCCGUUCGUUGUGCUCGUUGCAUUGUCUACAUGGCUCAUAUGGCUUAUCCUCGGUACUACUGGAGGUAUCCCCAAAGACUGGAUGAACGAAGGCUCCGGUGGCUGGGCACUCUGGUCUCUACGCUUUGCCAUCGCCGUGUUCGUUAUCGCGUGCCCUUGUGGCAUUGGGUUAGCAGCACCGACUGCACUCUUCGUCGGCGGAGGUCUUGCUGCGCAGCAUGGCAUCCUUGUCAAAGGGGGUGGAGAAGCAUUCCAAGAGGCGAGCACACUCGACUGCAUUGUAUUCGACAAGACAGGGACGUUGACUGAAGGUGGCGAUCCUGCUGUGACCGAUCACAGCUUCAAUGUCGAGUGCAGUGAAGGCCCCGCCGUUGUAUUUGGUCUCGUCAAAGCUCUGGAAGAAAACAGCAACCACCCCAUUGCAAAAGCCCUUGUGAGCUUUAGUAAGACCAGAUCCGCCAAUAAUUUCGAAACAACUACCGUGAACGAAGUCCCUGGAAAGGGGCUUAGAGGUACCUUGAUGCUAGGCAACCGAAAAAUUACUGUGAUCGUUGGUAACGAGUCGUUCAUGGACGACCACUUGGUAUCGAUCCCGGAUGCUCAAGCGUCAGUGUUACAGACCUGGAAAGGACGUGGAGAGUCCAUUGCAUUGGUCGCAUUGCUUUCAGGUGCGACCAAGGACGACUCCACACCUUCGCAAGAACACUGGGAUCUAGCUUGCGCCUUCGCCAUCGCCGACCCAUUACGACCGGAAGCUAUUAGCGUCAUUAGCCAGCUGAAAAAGCGAGGUAUUGAUGUUUGGAUGCUAUCCGGCGACAAUCAAACCACGGCCAAUGCCGUGGGCUCACAGGUCGGGAUCCCAGCCUCCAACAUCAUCGCAGGCGUUCUGCCAGAGCAAAAGGCAGAGAAGAUCACUUACCUCCAAAAGACGCUUACCAAGACUCAUAAGUCUCCCCUUUCCUGCCUGUCUAUCUUCAACCGUUCAAUGCCAGAGCGCGCCACCGUCGCCAUGGUAGGCGACGGUAUCAACGAUGCGCCCGCGCUCUCUACAGCUGACCUCUCUAUCGCCAUCGGCUCUGGCUCCGACGUCGCGCUGUCCUCUUCCUCCUUCAUCCUGAUCAACUCACACCUGGCAUCGGUGCUUACCCUGCUCGACCUCUCACGCGUAGUUUUCCGCCGCGUUUAUCUGAACUUCGGCUGGGCGCUCGUCUACAACAUCAUCGCCAUGCCGAUCGCCGCUGGCGUUCUCUACCCGAUCACUACAGGCACGAAAUCAAUGGACAUGCACCACAACGGUAUUGGUAUGGAGGGUGGUAUGGGUAUGGGAGACUCGGGCGUUAAGCAUGUGAGAUUGGAUCCGGUGUGGGCGAGUCUGGCCAUGGCGUUGAGCAGCGUGAGUGUGGUCUGUAGCAGUUUGCUGUUGAGGAGUCGCCUUCCUGGAGUCGGGUUCAGAGUGAAGGGGACGCGCGAACCUGAGCAACGUGAGGUGGCACCUAAGGAGUAG